GUCACUCACUUGCGGUUGCCAUGGCGAGCGGGCGGUCCUGAACAGCGGGACAUCCAAUGGGAGACGACGCUGCUUGUGUCACCAUGGUGACGGGGCUGUGCCCAGGGAGGUUGUGAUGGGUUGACAGGUGCGUGACAAUCGGAGCUCUCUGCAAGCAUGUACGCCAAAGGCAAGAGUAGCAACGUGCCGUCCGACAGCCAAGCCAGAGAAAAGGUACAGAGCUGUCUUCAAACGAAAGUGAUGAUGACAGUUUGACAAGGCCCUGAUAGAAAACACUUUUUAACUUGCUUAACACAUAGAGGCUGUUAAAAGUCCUCUUUAAUCUGCUGGCAUCCCUCCUAGUCUCUCUCUUAUCCCCGCUGCCAGAGAUGUAACUUGCCACAGAACUGCUAUCAAAGCAGCAGCCUCUUAUUGAGCUGUGUGAGCCGGGGGGAGACAGCCUCUGAUCGACGCAGGCAGAAAGAGGGGUGACGUGUCAAUCAACAGAGAGGACCCCGUAGAAGGCAUUCUCACAGGACAUCGCCUUGGGGUUCUUGAGAAGGAUCGACGUGACAAAAGGCCUCCGUCGGCAUCAGAUAGCAUGUGGGAAAGAAGGGGAAGAGAGGAGGAGAGGGCACAGCAUCCUCAAAGUCUUUUAUCACUCCCUUCAAAAGACGGAGGGUUAGCUCUGUAUGUGUACGAGUACCUGCUGCAUGUAGGAGCACAGAAGUCAGCACAGACCUUUCUCUCAGAGAUCCGAUGGGAGAAGAACAUCACAUUAGGAGAACCUCCGGGGUUCCUCCACUCAUGGUGGUGUGUUUUCUGGGACCUGUACUGUGCAGCUCCAGAGAGAAGAGACACAUGUGAACACUCCAGUGAGGCCAAGGCCUUCCAUGACUACCAUUAUAAGGACUACAAUAGUGCUGCAGCAGCUCCCAGCCCUGUCCUUGGGAACCUUCCCCCAGGAGAGGGCAUGCCAGUGGGGCCGGUCCCUCCAGGAUUCUUUCAGCCGUUUAUGUCACCUCGAUACCCCGGAGGACCCAGACCACCUCUCAGAUUACCCAAUCAGGGACUUGGAGUCCCAGGUGGACAGCAUAUGUUACCCAGUGGAAUGGACCCCACAAGACAGCAAGGACAUCCAAAUAUGGGAGGACCAAUGCAGCGGAUGACUCCACCCAGAGGCAUGGUACCGCUAGGGCCCCAGGGCUAUGGAGGUGGGAUGAGACCACCACUAAACGCCCUGGUUGGUCCUGGGAUGCCUGGCAUGAACAUGGGACCUGGUGGGGGCAGACCCUGGCCAAAUCCUCAAAACUCCAAUUCAACCCCUUACUCUUCUGCAUCUCCAGGAAGUUAUGUGGGACCUCCAGGAGGAGGGGGCCCACCUGGGACCCCAAUAAUGCCAAGUCCAGCAGAUUCAACCAACUCUGGCGACAACAUGUACACUAUGAUAAACACAGUCCCUCCAGGUGGAAGCCGGCCAAAUUUCCCUAUGGGUGCAGGUGGUGACGGUCCAUUAGGGGGAAUGGCUGGAAUGGAGCCCCAUCACAUGAAUGGAUCGUUAGGUACAGGAACAAGUAGCUUGUACAGGUCAGGUGAUAUGGACAGUCUCCCCAAGAACUCUCCUGGUAACCUAAGUAUGAGUAACCAGCCCGGGACCCCCAGGGAGGAUGGAGAGAUGGGAGGAAACUUCCUUAACCCUUUUCAGAAUGAAAGUUAUUCUCCAAACAUGACGAUGAGCGUGUGAAGGCUGUGGGAGCAGGUUUGGUUCAGUCGCCCAGUGUGGAUCAGCAAAAAGCAGAGAGACCGGAUGUGAUGUCAUCUAGGCCAGUGACUCUUCCUCCACCACCACCUGCCUAGCCAGGACAGUUGCCCCAGGCUCGGUCCUCCUACUACCCCCACCCCUCCAUUGUUUCUGUCCACGUCUCUUCUCUCCUGUUUCUUCUCCCGUUCUAAGUGGUGACUCUGCUACAUUCAUCAGUUCUUCCUCUGCAACUAUGAGACUGUACAAAGGAACCAAAUUGAAACAACCCGGAGGAGAACUCUUUGUAUAUUUGCAUAUAGUGUGUAUGAGACUGUGCACACACUCCAGUCACAGACAGACGUGUCUGCCUUUUGCAUCAUAUUGCAGAGUUUAUGCCCAAAAACCAAUGGUCAGUAUCCUAUUCAUGUUAAAGUUUAAAUUUUCAAGAAUUUAAAGAGAUAUAGACAUAUUUUGAUUGAUGGUUAAGUCUAAAUCUAACUGGUUGUCACGUGGAACAUCAAUUGUCUUCACAAAUACAUUUGUCCAUUACUGAAGAGAAUUGACAUCAUAAUCAUAUUACCCCAAUGUUUUUUUGAGGCUUGUGCAGAUAUUUGUCUUUCUGUUAUUUGCUCUAUACUUUUGAUAUUUUUUUGAAUUUCCGUUCCCAAAUCCAGCCACAAAUGUGGAAUAAGAUCUCUUCAAAGUCAGCUCUUUAAUCGUGAUUUGCAGAAAGGCUUCAGCACAACCUGAACUAUUUGUCUGCGUUUGAAUUUGAAGUCACAUAGCAUUGUUUUUUGGCGGAAAAAGAGCUUUGUUCAAGGCUUCAAACGAGACCACAUGCAUUUUGAACUGUGCUACUAGUCAUACCAGACCAAGUAAGGUUGUACAAACAAAAUCCCUGAGUGUACUGCAUUAAGCGAUGGUGAGUUUUAGUUAUUUCAAAAGUUAUAGCCUCAUUUUAAAUCAUAUCCGCUGACUGCUGAGAGCAGUAAGGAUAACACUUGGGAAGAAGGUUUGCACCAAGGUUGAUUCCCAAUAGUACAGAUUAAAAAGUAAUAACCUUUGGUGCAAUUCAAACUGUUAGACUCCCCAGUAUGAGUUUCACUUUAAAGGAUUUUACAUUCUUUUAACUGUACAAGCACAGGGCAAAGAUUAAAAUGGGAAGAAGCAAAAGAUCAGUAUUUUUUUUUUUUUUUUUAUGUAACUUAUCUAACAAGGGGGCACUGAACCUGUGCAUGUAGUUAUAUGAUUUGUUGUGAGUUUUUUUCCUAAGGCUUCUCACAUCUCUAGUUCUUUGUCCAAAUUAUUUAUCGGUUUAUGUCCUAGAGCCACAGUUGCAAAAUGGAUACAAUGGCCCACAUUCUCUUGACAUAAAAUGUUAAAAAGAGAGAGAAAUCAAAGACAGAUGACCAGUAUGAAGGGUAAACUGCAGGACACAAGCUUAUAAAGUCCCUUUGGUCACUCGUACUUUAUUGCCAUCUGGAUAAACUGUGAUCACAGUGUGAUGUAAAGGGUUGGUUGGUACAGAAACGAAACAAGUUUGUUUUUAAUCAAUGUUUUAAACGUUUUUCACUGCCCAAGAUGUAUUAUCAUUGUGUGCAAAAGGUUGAUAUGCCUGUGAACAUUUACCCCUCCCUUACUGCAAAGUGUACAGCUUACAAAUGUAGCUCCUCUGUCUUGUAUGUGUAUUUGAUAUUAUUAUUAUUUAAAGAAAACUGUGGAGAGAAUUAUUGCAAAAGGGAGGGAUGGACUGAUUAUGCACCAUCACAACUGAACAGAAAUAUUUUAUUUUGUUUUUGUGUUAGAUUGAAGCCAUAAGUGGGAGUACAAGAUGCAUUUGUAAAUUGAACCAUGUUUUCUGUUUCCUGGGACUCCAUUUGUGAUGUGUUCAUUUUCUCUUUUUUAUUCUUGUAUUAUGUUUUUGUAAAUACACAGAGAAGUAUUUCAUGGGUUUUGAAUAUGCUACUAUAAAUCUUCUCUUCCCUUA